AUGAGCUUCCGCGAUAUCAUUCCCAAUGCAAAGGCAACCUCGCAAUCAGUGAGUUCGUCGAACAUUAUACCGCUCAGGUGUGGCCACGAAGGGACUAUCCUUUUAAUUGUCGAUUCUGCACGGAGUGACAAGUCUUCAACCACCAUAGCCCUUUCAAUCUCAACUGACUCGGUUCCAUUCAUGGACAGCACCCUUAGGCUUCUGACUUCCGAGUUGCAUUUGAUUGAACCGCAUAAGGUGUUUAUUGUCAGUGCUGUUGGCAUUGUGAACACUCCAUUGCCGACGAGAAGCUUUCGUUUAAUCAUAGUGACAUUCGAACCACUGUUCAAAAAUGCGUAAGUUUCGACGUUUCCUCUCGGAGUUGCCAACUUGGCAGGAAUAACUCCCAGUCGUGAUGGUACGUACGUAAUUCCAGUCAAGGCACAAAGCCCUUCCUGUGCUGAAGGGAGACUGACAGUGCCCAAGGGGCGCUAUAAUAAACCUAUUCUAUUCUUUUCCAUUCUAUGUAAUGUUCGUUGUUUAUUUUCCGAUGACAUUACAUGCAAAAACGUGUGAUAUCGCUUUUGCACCCGGACUGAUCAUAAAGUUCUCUGGAGCUGCACACCUUGGCAAAUGCGUAUUACCAAAACAAACAAUACACGCUUUGUUUUCCCGCAGACAAUUCCACCGAUCUGCAACAUCCAUAGAAAGUAAACGUGAGUAAUUUGUCACUCCAUGGACAUAAGAACAUAUGUAACAUGGUCGUCGAUCUGGUUCGACACUCGAAAUGGCAAAAUUGCCAGGGUUCUCCCGUUUUUGAUGUUGGGCUGUGACAGUAAAAGGCAGUUGAGAGAGCUUGACAUCCCCAUCUCGAGAUAUUUGUCCGAAACUACUUCUUGCUAUCCCGGCUCGAGUAUUUAUGAAUUCCGUGAGGUUUGCAAAGUCCGAUUCUUUACCAUUCAUAGAUAUUUUGUCAGCAACUUCUGCCCACUGGAUUUGCAUAAAAAACGGCUAAAAGCGCACUUUUCGCACUAGGGCAUUCAGCGAUUUUAAGUCAGACACGUAGUUCAUUUGCGUGAGCGCUAUUUCACAACUUCUCAUCUUUAUGCACAAAUUUGAAAGUGCCUUUGCGGUCUGAUUGACUUGGCGUGCCUGUCUGAAGACACCGUCCAGAAGGGCAUUAGAAACUACACGUGGUUGGCCAAAUAAGCUGCUUAAUAUUUCCCGUGCUCUUGAAUAAGCCAACGGUGAGGGCAGCAUGACGCAUUCUUCUAUUGCCUCUCUCGCAUCACCUCUGCAAUAGUGAAUCAAGUACAGAAGCCUCUGUCCAGCAUCUUCUUCUUUGCUCUCCAAGUACACUUCAAACUGUUGUAUAAAUUUCCAAUAAUGAAUGGGGUUGCCAUCAAACCAGGGCAACUCAAAUUUGAGUAGUUCUAAACUGGCAUCUGGCAGGUUCAUAGCACUUGGUUUGGAUAUAUCAACAUUCACACGUUGUCAGGGAUUACUCCCUUCAGGAGAAAUUUCAUUCAAUGUGCAUUUUUUCAAAUAUCCCGAGACAUGCGCGACGAAAUCCACGGGUUGACGAUUGUCAUCGGACAUCUCUUUCUCGGUCUCUACCUCUAUCCUAGCAAGCUCGGUCCUUCUCUGCGCAUCAAAAAUAGCUUGUUGGAGUUUGACCUCUCGUUUAACUCGUCUCUUUGUUAUUUCGGCUAUUCCUAAGGCUUUAUAACUGUUUUACGGGAACUGCGACUACGAACUGAAACGUUCUUACAAGAGCCGGACUGGACGCCUUUCUUCGGCUGUCCUUGUCCCUCAAAGGCACCUAGUUUGUCUGUUCCGAGAGACUGUUCCGUACCGUCCGAUUCAUCCUUCAUGGAACGCGUCUACAUUUGAUGAAAGUAAUUUCCUCGAAUAUAUGGUACGAUGUUCAGUACUGUGGAAUUCUUGGUAAAUUGAGUUACGCGUAUAAGCCAAAACAAAUUUCGGUGUAUAUACGGUACUAUUGAUAGAAUAAGGUAAUAAUAAAAAACGUACAAACCUCAACAAUGGAUACCCCAGAUAAAGAAUUCCUUUGUGACUGUUCGAGCAAACCGAAUUCCCAGCUCAAGGCCAGCAUACAAAAACUAGUUAAUUAAAAGAACGCCAAUCAAGCUCGAAAGAGGGUUACAAAAGGGAGGAAGGGGAAUGUCGACAGAGGCCAAGUGUGAAAGCCCUUUGAGGAGGGUGUGGAGAAUUCCAAACUUUGACCAGCUGGAUAAACAGUCACCGAUGAUAGGCUCGAGUAAGAAUACGAAACGUCCUCCCAAUUAACUUUUUUCCAGCGAUCUCAUCUAGUUUUCCUCAAGUGUCUUACAUAGGCGUUCAAUUCGAAAAAUUGUUUGAGGCUGGAACAAGAAGCAAACUAUCGACAUGGACCACAGAGUACCAUAUUGAGAUGUCACAAAUCUUAUGUCAUAAAUCGGGAUUUAGUCCUUUGACCAUUUCUCUUCCUGGCAUACAUCAAAGACUGUACCGUCAAGCUCCGUUGCAGUGCCAUCAUGUUUGUCAAGAACGUUGAACUCGCGGGGCACCAAGUCUAGCGCAGAUAGUCAAAUAUUCAAAAUAGUCUUAAAUGAAUUAGCAGUUGGUCUUGUCGGUGGCUUUUAGCAUUUGCGUUGUUAAUUAUUUGGUUAAAAACCCCGCACUUGAAGGUAACACGAAGAAGACCUUUCUUUUUAAUGCGUUCUUGAUGGAUAACCGCACUCACGUGUUGAACAGCAGAAAGACCUAUGUGUUCUAGUUAAUUCCUCCCUCACACCGUCGUCUCAGGGAUGAUAGGCAACUUAAUAUGCGACACAAACGUACUUUGCUUUGAAAUGAGCGCUAUUGCAAAUAAUUCAAAUACUGCUCGGCAAAACGUACGGGACUUUUGUUUGGUCCAAUUUGAAAUGUGCACUUACGAUAUUGUGCCUGUGACUCAAGGAAGGUUGUAAAUUAUUCGAGUUGCCUCACUUUAAGACCACGAAAAUUGUGAAAGAUCUCGGCAAGUUACCACAGGAAACCAGGCUGAGUAAAAUUAACUCGGUUCCAAUAGAUUGGGGGCAAAUGUGCGACCACGCCAUUCAGACCAACAAGAUUGUCGGAGGCCGUGCAUGCGUCCCACAGUUUGACAUGGUUGGAACAGGCAGCCUGAGUAGUCACAAAUUUCAGCUGCAGGGGAAGUUUACCCACUCCGAUAUCCGCCAGAAAGUCUUCUCGCAGAUGGUUGCUGAAACAUGGAAUUAGUUUACUGCUAAGAUGCUGUAUUUGGACAUUGCUCGCACACCUAAAUGAAAAAAAUGAUACACAUAUGCUAAGAAACUACUGUGUGAAUAUUUGCGAUUCUGUCAUCGACAACAGCCUAUGCCUCCCUCAGUGACGUCACAUUUGUCAAAAGCAUGAAAGGCAUGAUGCCGUAGUACCAGCGUUCAUCGUCCCGUCUUCAGGGGUCGUUUCGCCUGAUCAUUCGGACUGCUUUGCUGUAGAAGCUAUGAGUAAUGGUUCUUCAAUUGAUCGAUCGGAUUGAUUGAUAGACAUUCGCUUGCACAAUCGCAUAGGCAAUCAGUCGCCAGAUAACGAUGGGAAGUAAUAUGGUUUAUUGAGAAAUGUAGAUAUGAUAACUAUGAGCAUCUGGAUUACAGCGUAGAUAAGAUUCUCAACGAGAGGGGUCUCUCGGAAAAUACAUUCCGGAUGAACGCUUGGGCGAAUCACAGGGGGCAUAGAACUGGAAUCCGUUACAGGAGGUGGCACACUGUCUUCAACAGUCCACUCUGAAAUCCUAUGAACACUGGCACUGUUCCGUAUCUCUUUCGGAAAUCACUUUAGUUAAACAAAGAGAGUCAAUUUGGCCUUGCCCUUCAAAAUCCUUCUUUUUUACGAUUCUACUUUGCAAACCAAGUGCGAAAGCUUUGUUUUCUGCAUAAAGGGACUUAAUGUAAUAAGCAUUAAAAAGUAGGAGUCCAGGUCUUAUAAAUUUGAAGCACGCCUUAAUACUCAAUUCUGUGUGAGCGGGUCGCAUCUUCAUAUGAUGAAGUGGGGAUGGGCGAUAUAUUCAGUUAGUUGACGAGGCCAAAAAACAGCCUGAAAAACAAAGCUGACAUCUGUUCAUGGAGAUGGGGUUAUUGGCAGUACAGUAUUUAAUCGAACCUCCGGAAAGGCUGUACACAAAAGGAGAUGGGGUCAGUCAAACGGACAUAGAUCAAGCUAACACGCAUGGAAGAUCAUUAUUCAAGAUGAGGGUGUGGGGCUCAAAGAUGUCCAUUAACAGAUGAACUGGAUUUUCCGGCAGACGGCCUUAUCUCCAGGGGUAUGGUGCAGGACCUUUUGUUAAGGAGUUGCUGGAUCUUCGCUUCUCUGUUACUUUUGAUUUCAGCCCUGUGAGAAGGAAUAGAGAAAUUUAAAAGACUCGCCAUUAGGGCAGUUGGAUUUGGUUUUGCCGGGCAUUUCCAUCGGAUGCUCAUUCGUCUGAGUUAACUGUGCAGUCGAGAGUGAGAGUCAGAAGUGGGUAACGAAUGCGUGGUAGUUUUUGUAUAUCGUUAACUGCCAUUGAUUGAAUGUACCAACGACCAGAACUGAGGUAUUCUAACAUCCAAAGUAAGCAAGCAGUGGACGAAGCGCAGGGACCGAUGGUGGUUAUUCUAUCGAACAUAGAUCCGGUGAGGCCUGAUUGGUGGGAUAAUGUUACUACUUUCAUGCGGUAAGCAGUUCAUCAAGAGGAAAGUUUUGACAUUAAUGAGAGUCAUCCACAGUCGUCGUCAAAUUGUUUUUUAUUUAAGACCUUUGGGGUCCUAUCAUAGUAGGUAGCUGACGGUUCAAGAGCCUGGGCAAGGUUUUUCUACGAACAACCGGCGUUCCGCUGUCGCCGCGCCCUACACCGGGUAACUUGAGACGCGGCCAUCAAACUAUUUAUGUGUUAGGGAUAUGUAGAAGCAAUAAUCCCAGCAGAGAUAGACUGGCACAUAGUCACCAAGAUCCGUCGAGGAUAUCUGGGCUUCAAAGGAAAUUCGCAUCGAAAAGGAAGGAGGUUCAGUAAUUUCUGAAUCUGUUAUACACAGCUCGCAUGGAAGGGCUAAAUUUCCUCACAUUGGUCCCGAGAGCGCAGUGCCAUAUCUUGCCAGAAAUUUUCGGCAAAUUUCAAGGAUCUGUCUUGUACAUGUUGACACUUCGUUCAGUAUGUAAUAUAAACAUUUUCAUAGGCAUACUCAUACGCUGGCUAAUUUGCAUGCGAACGGGCGAUUUAUGCCGGUGAUAUUCGUGCAACGCACCGACCAUCAGAUGAACGGGCUAGAUAAAGGAUUACUUGGUGGAAUUUUGCAUAAAGGUUUCAAAGAACAGCCUAGUUUGCAUGAUUAAUAGUGCGGAAAUUUUUAAAGUAAGUCCUAAUUUGCAUAGGAAAUCUAUUAUAUACAUUUGGCUGAUUCCAUGCAAUGUGGUGAAUAAUUAUCCAAUGUCGUACAUUGCUUGGUAGGGAGUGGGGUCACUUAACGACAUAAGUAUAAAAACAGAAAGAAAAAAUAAAAUUUCCCUCUUCAUACUUUUUUUUACCUGUUUGUGCUCUGCUAAAUGUUUUCGGGAAUAAUGCUUGCACAACCCAUGAAUUUCCAUUUUACCAUUCUGUUUAAAUUGCAGUUACUCUUUUCCUAAAUGUCUGCGAAAGUUUACCAUCGAUGUUGUGGCUUUCUCUUAAUUGAUUAUUGUCUUGCAUGAGCAAAGAGUCCCACAUUACUGCUUGCUACCGUUCCAAAACCCACCCGCCUCUGAAUAUUUUGUUGGGUCCCGCAGUCUGUGUGCCGGAUGUGACGCUCUCUCGUAUCUUUGGGGAAAUAGAUCGCGCAUUCGAACAACCGAAAAGUUACAAGCGAAGCUCACAAGCCAGAAGUUUCCAUAAUUGACAACGGCGAGUUUAGAGCCAACCGCAAGUUGAGCAUGCCCACUUUCUUUUAAUCAGCCUCAGUUUUGGGCGCGCUCUUUACGAGUUGUGUUCUGGGCACGUUGGCCUUCGAGUCCUAAGUGAUAUUGUGGUUUAGCACUCCACAAUGACGAACACAAAGGGUCAUCGGCGCGGUACGCGUUACAUGUUUGCGCGUAAGUUCCGCAGGCAUGGAACUUUACCGACGGGGGUUUAUAUGCGCGUUUAUAAGCGCGGGGACAUCGUGGAUGUCGUUGGUGAUGGUGGCGUUCAGAAGGGCAUGCCGCAUAAGUCUUACCACGGUAAAACUGGUCGCGUGUUUAACGUUACAAAGCACGCUGUCGGUGUAAUCGUGAACAAGCGUGUCGGGUAAGUGGUUCCUCCCACGUUUCGUUUCAUUAUGUAGUAAUCGCAUUAUUCCGAAGCGAAUUAAUGUGAGGAUUGAGCACGUCCGGCCCAGCAAAUGCCGUGUGGAGUUCCUUAAUCGUGUUAAGGAGAACGACAGAAGACGCAAAGAGGCUAAAGAGAAGGGGAUUCGAUGCACCCUCAAGCGAAAGGUAUGAUCAUUUCCCGCAUUAAUUUAUCCUACAGCCCAAACUUCCACGGCGCGCUCAUCUUGUUCUGACAAAGAAAAGGCCAGUCGUAGACCUUCAUCCUUUGCCAUAUGAGUUGAUUGCGUAA